AGUAGUUCAUAUUUUCCAUUGAAUUUUUACAUUUGAUUUUCUUAUAUCAGUUCGUGCUCUGUUGUGAGCAGUGACAAAUCCUGUAGCAGUGCAGGAAGGAGGCAGCCCAUUCACUGUUUUGGGGCUACUGCACUUUAGGACAAAUGACACCUCUUACAGAGAGGAGGAAAUCAUGGCUUCUUUGAGAUCAGCUCAGUAUAUGUAACAAGGAAAAGUUGUUUCGGCAGUACCUUAGGGCCUGAGUCUCCUGGAUUCUACUAGGUACCAUACAAACACAGUAAGAGUCUGCUCCUGCUGCUAAGAGACUAGGAACUAUGUGUGAAGUCUGCUAGAAAGGAUGGGGCAGUGCUUGUAGCCUUCUGGAGGCUUUUAAGUCAGCCUUUGAAAUAUAAAGCUUUGUAACUUGAGUGUUUUAGCCUAAAACCAGAAAAAAAUAUGCUAAGGAAAGGAAAAAAAAAUCAAAGGAAAGGACUGUAUAUGAGAAGCUGCAGAAGCAAUGAGCUUCAGGGAGAAAACUGAUCCACAGAACAGGACCAGACGACUCAAGGAACCACGGGGAUCUUAAAAAUUAGGCUAACAAAAGCAGGUAAAAAAUAAAGCAUGGUGCUGUUGUAUAAUCACACCUAUAUAAUCGCAUGGCAUUUGGCUCAAGGUCAUGCUGAAGCUUCUGCUCGCUGGUACUGGAUAACUUCUCCGCCAUUUACCUUCUAAAGCCUGGACAAGAUGAAGUGUUAAUGCUCUGCGCACCUUAGUCUGCAACACCUUACAAGAACAACUCAAGCCAUCUUCCAAAAGCCAGUUACAAAGAGAUGCUGGCAGAUUGAAAGUCUGGGCAGAAAGUGUCGAGGCUGUUAGAAACAGUGAGUCACAAAGGACUGGAGAAAGCAAGAGAAAGUCACUUCUGACAUGGAGUUGGAAGCCAGCAAUGGAAAGACACUGCCUGCCCUGACGGUCUUCUCUGAAAGCCUGCGCUACAUGAAGGAACAUGCCUUGAACACCAUCCAAGAGGCCUCUUUCCAAACCGUCUACAACCGAGAGGAGAUCACCUGGGUCCUUACUGUCCCAGCCAUAUGGAAUGCUGCUGCCAGGCAGUUCAUGCGGCUGGCAGCAACAGAGGCAGGACUAAUACCUGAUAUGUUUUCUGAGAAGCUGAUUAUUGCCCUGGAGCCAGAAGCUGCAUCUCUCUGGUGCAAACAGCUUCCAAAGGAAGGGUUUAUGGUAGACAGCAGUGACAAGAAGAAGUUUCAAGACUCCCCUGGAAUCCAGUAUAUUGUUGUUGACUGUGGAGGUGGCACAAUAGACAUCACGGUACAUGAAAUCCGAGAAAACCGUUACCUGAAGGAGUUACACAAGGCAGCUGGAGGUGGAUGGGGAGGGAACAGAGUAGAUGAAAACUUCACUGAUUUCCUCAAGGAAAUAUUCAAUGAUGGUGUAUGGGAUGAAUAUGUAAAGUGCUACCCUGCUGAAUUACAACGUAUGUUGUACGACUUCAGUCUACAGAAAUGCUCUUCUAGCAGGGAGAAUGUCUACAUACAUUGCUACUACAACUUAACCAAACUGGCAGAGUGCAAGAAGAGCAUCUCUCACUUCUUCAAAAACGUAGAAGGAGCUGUGUGGUGUAAUGGGACGAUGAUGAUUACAUAUGAGAAACUGAAGAGCUUUUUUGACUUCAGUAUCAAAAAUACAGUUCAGACUUUGAGGGAAAUUCUUAAAAAGCCUACGAUGACCAAAGUCCAGUACAUUUUGCUUGUGGGAGGCUUUGCAUCUAGCAUCAUCUUGAGAGAUGCAAUUAGUGAGGCCUUCAGCAAGAAGUAUCAUAUCCUUUGUCCAAUGGAUGCCCAAGUGGCCAUUGUAAAAGGGGCCGUUUUAUUUGGAGUCAGUCCACACAUUGUGGCCUCAAGAGUCAGUGCUCGGACAUAUGGCUUAGAAAUAAAUCAAAAAUUUGAUCCUGCUGUUCAUGACGUAAGCAAGCUAAGGGUCUCAAAAACUGAUGACUACGUUUAUUGCACAGGCAUCUUCAAGAAGUUGGUGGGAAUUGAGCAGUCAGUGGGUAUAAAUGAAGUUGCCCACUAUGAUUUCCAUCCAACAGAAUCAGAUCAGACAGCUGCAAGCUUUUGUUUCUAUUGUACAGAAAAGAAAGAUGCUCAGUACGUAGAUGAGGAAGGGAUGGAACUGCUUGGGUCCUGUGUAGUGCCAAUGCCAGACACAACGCUGGGGAAGAAUCGCCAGUUGAAGCUGCAUAUUAAAUUUGGGCUCAUUGAAUUCAAAGCCACAUGUACUGACGUUACUUCCAAUCAGAGUCGGACAAUUAUGAUAGACUUUUUAACUGUGUAAAUGCUUAGUACAAUAAGCAGCAGUGACAAUAACUCAAGCAAGAGCAUGGCUUUAGUAGGAGGCAAUAACUGUCACAAUAGAGAAGGCAAAUGGACCAUGAAGUCCACUGUCCAACUUUCUGCUUGCACAGGUGAACAGUUUGCUAGUUUGAUUAUCUGGUUCCUUCCAUUCUUCACCAACCACACUUUCAGUCCAACAUAUCUCUCUCUGUUUUAUCUGAUAGCAAGUUUAUCUGCUGCUUUACCUCUUGACCUUCUAACUUAACGCCGUUUUAUCUGAACACAAUAGUCCAUACCAGCAAUUUGAUCAUCUGUACUCUACCUGUGUUUGAUACAAUGUUCUGGACUGGUGUCUAAUUUCCACAUAUACCAGCCCAUAACUAUUUCUUUUAGCCUAAUGUCUUCUUUCAGCUACAUCCUCUCUUCCCCUGAUAUCACGUCUCUUCAUGUGUCAGGGGUAAUAUUCCAUGGAUUUGAGUUUUCUUCAAAACAUUUCUUAUAUAGAUUCUGUGUAAUUAAAGCACUCUUGUCACAGUCAAGAUGAUCUGUGGAUCAGGUACCAAAGGUAGUCUGGGUAUCCAGUCUUUUGUAUCCAAAACCUAUGGGAGUGUUGUUUCCAUUAAACCAUUGGGUGCUUUGAUCUUAUUAACUGGGCAGAUACAAACAUCAGAUUGUAACAUUACAGACGCAUAUAGUACUUAUGCCACUGCCUGAGCUCCUUCAUCCAGCUGUGGGUGCUCUCUACAUCUUUGACUUGAGCUUGAUAUUUUCAGUUUCCAUAAAAGCUUAUUUCCUCUGGCCAACAGCACCUGUGCAGAGAUUCAGCACAGUGCGGCCUGUGUGAGCCCAAAUUUGUCCAAGAAAAGUUUGUGAUCCUGCAGAGGGUGAGGGUCUGGCUGGGGUGGAGUUAGCUUCAUAGCUGUCCUUACGCUGCUGUGUGAUUUAUGACCAAAGUGGUGUUGAUGACACACCGAUGUUCUAUCAAGAGCUGAACAGUGCUUGCACAGUGGCAAGGCAGUCUCUAUUCCUCACUCUGCCCCACAGCAGCGAGGCUGGUGGGGGGACCAAGGAGCUGGGAGAGGACAUACACAGCACAGUUGACCCCUCGCCUGUCCCAAUGCAAAUACCUGGUUAGAUGGAUACACUGCAUGAAAACAUAACGCUGGCAUCUCUAAUAGCUGUAUUAACCAUGUUAGAACACUGCUAGCCAUGUACUUAGCAUUUAAGAAGCAGAGGAUUAAUCUGUAUAUAUACCAUGACCUAUGAUGUAUAAAAGCUGAAGUAUUUUGAAAUCAUUGUCCUUUUUUUCACAAUUAAAAUCUUAUGCACACAAUAAAAGCAUUCACAA